AUGACGGAGGCGGCAGGCACGUCCCCGGCCACAAUCCGGCAGCCGCAACGAUUGCGAGAUUCUUUCGAUGGAAAUUUUUGCCUUUCUGAUUUGGAUGAGGGUUGCGAGUGGCAGGAAUGGAAGCGACAUGGCGAAAAGCGUGAGCGAAUGGAUGGAGAUCUUAUGGAGCGACACAAGGCUUGUUGGCCCGAGAGUGGCAAAAGGAAAACACGAGUGUCUCUCGACAGCACACAAAUGCCACCUGCGGCAUCCGAAAAUACUGUGGCGACUCAUGAACAGUUGUUGUAUGACGCAAAUUACAGUACUUCAGGUGACAGCGGUCUUAGGGGGGAGGAGUAUAGCAGGAGAAAUCAUUCGGAACCAGUAGCGAGGGGGCCGCAUGUGUGGAAAGGACCACGAAGUGACAUUUUAGAUCUCGACUCAGAGUCCCGUGACGAUGUGGACGCACACUCAUUCAAAGUGACUGACGGUGUUCCAAGGACGACGAAUUCCAAAGCCGUUUUUCCUCGCCCAUUGUUUGAAGAUUUUUCCUCUGCAAGGGAAUCGUGCCACACGAGCAAGUGUUGUGAUUAUAGUGACGGACCACAUUGUUAUAGCACAAGGCCAUUGGGUAAAGUUAAUUCUGCACGUAGCCGCAUCCCGGGGAUAUCCUCAACGCAUCUUAAGACUAAGCCGCGCAACCUAACAGCGUCUCCCGUGCAACCAAAGAGCUUUUGGAUUAAUGUCUGGCCUUGUUUUGGCACCUUCACAUCGUUUGUGUGCAAGCCGACAAGAAUCUUGGUGCACAGUAGUUACUGCUAUAUGGUGCAUGUAACGGAGAAGGCGGGCACGUUGAUGGGCUGCCGACCAGCGCCUAGUGUUCUUUACGAGCCUGACGGUCGUUCAGUGAGGUCGCUUGCACAGCUGUUGCCUGAACAGCACUAUUUGUUAUUCCCAAGCGGGGGUUUUUACCGCAAAGAAGCUGUUCCUGCCGCACUUCUUGAAGAAUUUGUGCGAGCUGCGAAAAUGACGCUCCAACUGCACUCUCAACAUUGCGGCCGCUGA